AUGUUUCAGGGCAGCGUGACAGCAAUGACAGUGUUUUUUCCUUUGGAUACAGCUCGACUUCGACUUCAAGUUGAUGAGAAAAGAAAGUCCAAAACUACACACAUGGUGCUCCUGGAGAUCAUUAAAGAAGAAGGCCUCCUGGCCCCAUAUCGAGGAUGGUUUCCAGUUAUCUCCAGUCUCUGCUGCUCCAAUUUUGUCUAUUUCUACACUUUUAAUAGCCUCAAAACAGUCUGGGUCAAAGGUCAACAUUCUACUACUGGAAAAGAUCUGGUGGUUGGAUUUGUUGCAGGAGUGGUGAAUGUGUUGCUGACAACUCCACUCUGGGUGGUAAACACCAGACUAAAGCUGCAAGGGGCAAAAUUUAGGAAUGAAGACAUUGUACCAACCAACUACAAAGGUAUUAUUGAUGCUUUUCAACAGAUCAUUCGAGAUGAAGGAAUCUUGUCUUUAUGGAAUGGCACGUUUCCCUCCUUGCUGCUGGUUUUCAAUCCUGCCAUCCAGUUCAUGUUCUAUGAAGGUUUAAAACGGCAACUUUUAAAGAAAAGAAUGAAGCUUUCGUCUUUGGAUGUGUUCAUCAUUGGUGCAGUAGCCAAAGCAAUUGCCACCACAGUUACCUAUCCCAUGCAGACAGUCCAGUCGAUUCUGAGGGUGAACAGAAAUUUGGUGAAUCCUAGGAACCGAAAGGAGGCCACUGUGGAAAAUCUUUUAUUUUACUUUUCAAACUUCUUUUCUUUUAGGAGAUUUGGAAUAAUAGGACUCUACAAAGGCCUUGAAGCCAAACUGCUGCAGACAGUCCUCACUGCUGCUCUCAUGUUCCUUGUGUAUGAGAAACUGGUGGCUGCUACCUUCACAGUUAUGGGACUGAAGAGUGUAUACAAGCACUGAGACACCUUACCCUGCAGAGUGAGGACAGGUGCUCAAGAUGGGGGUUUCUUUCUGUGCGAAGAGAAGUGAUUCUGUUUUUUACUCUUGCUCUUCCCACCGUGAAUUUUUACCCUUGUUGGCUUUAAAAGUAUUUAAGGGUAAAUACAGAGGAUAGCCAACUGAACCUGUCACCAACUUAAUUUUUAUGAUGAUUGGUUGAAUUUUGUGGGGGAGGUUGGACUGGUGGUCAUAUGAAGAGAAAGCAUUAUUGAAAACCUAAAAUUUAAAGUUUGUAGGAUUGAUUAGUUUUAAUGAACUAUUAAGAAAGAAUGGACUAUUGCUCUCAUGUGUAAUAUUUUCUAGUUAAAAUCUUUCUUAAAUUUACCAACUGUUCGCUUUCCCUAACCUCUCCCCCAGGUUCUAGAACAAAUUUUAUGCCAUGAAAUUCUCCUCAUAUGCCUUUUAUGUGUUAAUCUUGUUAUUUUCCUCACUGAAAAUAAUAUGACUAUGUCAUGAGAGCAUGAUUUUAUUUUUGUUGGAUUUUUUCUGCUUAAGGAAAAGUGUCUUCUUUAGUACAUGAGCUAUUUAUUUGGGGGGAGAAAUUAAAAUUAUUAAUCCCAAAUGAUUCUCUUAUAAACUAUUUGUAAACAUCACUUAUUCGUUAGUAUUUGACAUAAUUUUAAAAUAUUUAUUUUGAAUCAAUUCUUUGAUUACGAAAGGCUUGAAGUUUUAUGUUUAUCCAAACAUGCCUCAAUCAAGUCAAGCCCCAAUAAAUUGUCAGCACCUUUAUUAAGGUAUUAUAUUAGAUUGACAACUACCUGGUAAAAAUCACAGAAAAGGGGAAGGGAACAAAUAUCUUGUUUAGGCUCUGGAAUAUUAUCUCCCUUUCCAAACUCUUGGAGGAGGCUGUAUUUUUUUUUUUAUAAUAAACAUCUGAUUGAGAUUAUUUCUAUUCGGAAAUAUUCCUUAGAGUCCUCUACUCAAAGUGUGGUGUGUCAAGCAGUAGCAUUGAGAGCUGGUUGAACAUGUAGGCCCAGAGCUUCUGAAUUAUAGUCUGCAUUUUAACAAGAUCGAUAGGUGAUUCAUACUCACAUGAAAGUUGCAGAGACCUUAGCACACCUGACCUAACAGAGGAUAUGAUUGCUUUCAAUUAUGGAAACCAAGACAAAGAUUUUUCUCAAAGGAAAGAUGAACUAAUAUAUUAAAACAACCUCUGAAAAAA